AGAAAGGGAUCAUUACUCUCUUUUAAUUCCUUUUAUUUUGAUCAUACCUUUACAUAACCAAAGUACAGAAUUUGGGUAAUCGGGGUUUGUACAACUACGGUCAGAAACAAUGUCGUACGCUUACCUUUUCAAGUACAUUAUCAUCGGAGAUACUGCAGUUGGGAAAUCAUGUCUUCUUUUGCAAUUCACCGACAAACGGUUUCAGCCUGUUCAUGAUUUAACCAUCGGUGUCGAAUUCGGAGCCAGAAUGAUCGCCAUUGACAACAAGUCAAUAAAGCUUCAAAUCUGGGACACGGCAGGCCAAGAGUCAUUCAGAUCGAUUACGAGAUCUUACUAUCGAGGGGCUGCUGGUGCACUUCUAGUCUACGAUAUUACUAGGAGGGAGACUUUCAAUCACUUGGCUAGCUGGUUGGAGGAUGCAAGGCAGCAUGCAAAUGCUAACAUGAGCGUUAUGCUUAUCGGCAACAAGUGCGAUUUGGAUCACAGAAGGGCCGUGAGCACGGAGGAAGGCGAGCAGUUUGCCAGAGAACAUGGGCUGGUAUUCAUGGAGGCUUCCGCGAAAACGGCUCAAAAUGUUGAAGAGGCAUUCAUAAGCACGACUGCCAAUAUCUACAAGAAGAUUCAGGACGGAGUCAUUGACAUAGCUAACGAGUCUUAUGGUAUAAAACUUGGACAUCAAACUGGCGGUGGUUCGUCGGGUGGUAGAGAUGAUUUAGCUUCUCCGGCAGGCGGUUGCUGCAGCUGAUUUUUUUUCUCAUCGAGUUUUGAGACAACUUUUAUGUGCUUUGAUUUCGGA